CGCAUGUCCACUUCGCAGCGCUGUAGCCGUAGACUCGAACGACUGUUGCGUUUCACGUUCUCCACGUUCUUUCUACAUCGAAGUAUAAGCCGUCAAGAUGGUCGCGACCGCCAAGAAAACCGUCGUCCCCAAGGCGGGAGCCAAGAAACAACACCUUCGUGGCAAGGCCCAAAAGAAGAAGGUAGCCUUGAAGUUCACCAUCGACUGCACUCACCCAGUCGAAGACAACAUCAUGGAUGUUGCCAAUUUUGAAAAAUACCUCCAAGAGAGGAUGAAGGUCUAUGGCAAGACCAACAACUUUGGCAACAACGUUUCUAUUGAAAGACAACGCAUGAAGCUGUCCAUCAACAGUGACAUUGAUUUCUCGAAGAGAUACUUGAAGUACUUGACGAAGAAAUACUUGAAGAAGAACAAGCUCCGUGACUGGCUCAGAGUUGUGUCCAAAGACAAAGAGACUUACGAGCUCAGAUACUUCCAGAUUAACAGUCAGGAAGAAGAUGAGGAAGAAGAUGCCGAAUAAGUAUCUUUUUCUUAUUAUUUGCAACAACAUCUGUAAAUAUUUUUCAUUAAAAAUAAACGGUCAAAAUCCAAUAUUUGGAUGUUGCUCAUGAAAAAAAAA